UAUGUUUUGAGAUUUCAUCAUGUGAUUUCACUUUUUUUUUCUUUUAAUAGCUGCACAGAGCAGGGAUCUUCGCAAUUUUUUCCAGGGACUAUCUGAGUUCCCUCUCUCUCUUUCUUUUUUUUCUUUUCAGCAGCAUACUUUGCCUUGACUGUUUUUUUUUUUUCAUUUAGUGUGACGUAUGAUUGGAGUUCCUGCCCUUGUUUCAUUUAGUUUAGAGAGCAGGAGACGGGUGAAGAAGCAGUCAUAGACUCUGGCCUGUUAUGGGUAAAAUGGACUAAAGCUGUAAACAAGAGGAGCUGUGAGUCCCUGUGCUGGAUCCUACUUGGCGAGUAGGAAGAAAGACGAGGAGAAGUUGCAACAAAGUGACUUAGGAGACCAGUCGGCGAGUUGUGUUGCCUUUGGGCAAAGGUGGAUGAGAAGUUGCUGCUGAAAAGUCUGUCAAACACGGGAGGAGAAGGAGGUGGAGCACCAGUCUGAGGAGGAACCCCCACUUUUGCAUCCAAACAGGAGGAACAGGACAGGAUGAGGUAUCAAGGCAGGGAAGUGGAGGUUGAAGGACGAGUGCGCCUGGUGAUGGAGAGUGCCCUGACUGCCCGCGACAGGGUGGGAGUGCAGGACUUUGUCCUGCUGGAAAACUACAACAGUGAGGCGACCUUCAUUGAAAAUCUGAGACGGCGCUUCAGAGAAAACCUAAUCUACACGUACAUCGGCUCAGUGCUUGUGUCAGUGAACCCGUACAAAGAGCUGGAGAUUUACUCCAAGCAGCAGAUGGAGCGUUACAGAGGGGUCAGCUUCUAUGAAAUAUCACCUCACAUCUACGCCUUGUCAGACAAUACUUACCGAGCCAUGAAGACGGAGAGGAAAGACCAGUGCAUCCUCAUAUCAGGUGAGAGCGGGGCAGGUAAAACAGAGGCUUCCAAGAAGAUCCUCCUGUACUUCGCCGUUACUUGUCCCACCACUGAGCAUGCUGCUGCCCUUGGUGACCGUCUCCUGCAAUCAAACCCAGUUCUGGAGGCUUUUGGUAACGCCAAGACAUUGAGGAACGACAACUCCAGUCGCUUUGGAAAAUACAUGGAUAUCCAGUUUGACUUCAGGGGUGCACCCGUGGGAGCGCACAUCCUUAACUACCUUCUGGAGAAAUCCCGUGUUGUACACCAGAACCACGGGGAAAGAAACUUUCAUAUUUUCUACCAGCUUUUGGAUGGAGGGGAUGAUGAGCUGCUGAAAAGCCUGGAGCUGGAGAGAAACCCUCACAGCUACCGUUAUCUAGUCAAGGGGAACUGCCCAAAAGUCAGCUCCAUAAGUGACAAGAAUAACUGGAAGGUUGUUAUGAAGGCCCUGUCUGUGAUUGGCUUUGCCACAGAAGAAGUGCAGAAACUGCUGAAAAUCAUCGCCAGUGUUCUCCAUCUGGGAAACGUUCUCUUUGGAGAAGGAGAAGAAGAAGAAACUUACAUUACCACUGAGACUCAACUAUCAACUCUGGCAAUGCUGCUGGGUGUUGAUGGCUCGGCCCUCAGGGAGGCGCUCACUCACAGGAAACUCACCGCCAGAGGAGAGGAGAUGAUCACCCCGCUAAGCUUUGAGCAAGCUGUGUCGGCCAGGGAUGCUUUGGCUAAAGCCGUGUACGGUCGAACCUUCACCUGGUUGGUGGAGAAGAUCAACCAAUCGUUGGCUUUGAAGGAUGAACUCUACCACAGCAGCAAAGGCUCCUCAGUCAUUGGGCUUCUUGAUAUUUAUGGAUUUGAAGUACUACAGCACAAUAGUUUUGAGCAGUUCUGCAUCAACUUCUGCAACGAGAAGCUUCAGCAGCUGUUUAUUGAGCUUACCCUCCGGUCUGAGCAGGAAGAGUACGAGACCGAAGGAAUUGCUUGGGAGACAGUGAAAUACUUUGACAACAAGAUCAUUUGCGACCUGAUCGAGGAGAAACACAAAGGCAUCAUCUCCAUUCUGGACGAGGAGUGUCUGAGACCCGGUGAGGCCUGCGAUGUCUCCUUUUUGGAGAAACUGGAAGACUCAUUAGGCUGCCAUCCCCAUUUCAUCACGCACAAAUUAGCAAAUGGAAAAACCCGCCGUGUAAUGAGCCGAGAGGAGUUCAGGCUACUGCAUUAUGCAGGCGAGGUCAAUUAUAAUGUUAGUGGUUUCCUCGACAAGAACAACGAUUCACUGAACAGGAACCUGAAAGAGGUCAUGUGCCAGUCAGACAACCAGAUCUUGAGUUACUGCUUCCGCAGAGAGGAAGUGAUUGACCAAAAACGUCCAGAGAUGGCUGCCACACAAUUUAAACACAGCCUGACAAAACUAAUGGAGAUCCUAAUGUCUAAAGAGCCAUCAUACGUGCGUUGUAUUAAACCUAAUGAUGCCAAGCAACCAGGACGUUUCGAUGAAGUUCUGGUCAGACACCAGGUCAAGUACUUAGGUCUGAUGGAAAACCUGAGAGUCAGGAGAGCCGGCUUUGCUUAUCGCAGGCGCUUUGAAGCUUUCUUGCAGAGGUACAAGCCCCUGUGUCCUGAGACGUGGCCCAACUGGCAAGGAAGACUUGUAGAUGGAGUUUCUGCCCUGGUCAAACAUCUAGGCUACAAAGAAGAAGAGUACAAACUGGGCAGAUCAAAAAUCUUCAUCCGUUUCCCUAAAACACUCUUCACCACAGAGGAUGCACUCGAAGCGAAAAAGCCAGAGAUUGCGGUCACUAUGCAGAAAUCAUGGAGAGGCUACAGAGAGAGAUCCAAGUAUCAACGCAUCAGACAUGCAGUGAUAGUGAUCCAGUCUGGAUGGCGAGGGAUGAAAGCACGCAGGCGGGCCAAGCAACGGCGAGAGGCUGCAGUGUUGAUACGCAGGGUCAUAAAAGGCUUCAUCUACCGUCAUGAGGAAUAUUGCCCGGAGAAUGAGUACUUCCUCGAUCAUGUGCGCUGUUCUUUCCUCAAAAAUCUAAGGAAAAACCUGCCGAAAAGCGUUUUAGACAAAAGCUGGCCAAAAUCUCCUCCAUCUCUCGUCGAGGCCUCAGAGCACCUGCAGAGGCUGCACAUGCGCAACAUGGUCGUGAAGUAUUGUAGGAGAAUCCAGCCUGAGUGGAAGAAGCAGAUGAUGCAGAAGGUCACAGCCAGUGAGCUCUUCAAAAACCAGAAAGAGAUUUACCCCCAGAGUGUUGGGCGACUGUUCUUAGACUCCAGGCUCGAACGUGAGCAAAUCAGUCUCAAGGUUCUCCAGACUCUCGGCAGUGAAAAAGUGCAGUAUGGCGUCUCAGUGAUCAAAUAUGACAGGAGGGGCUUCAAGCCCCGGCCUCGCCAGCUGCUCCUCACCAACACCUUUGCUCUGCUGGUUGACCGUACCAAGAUCAAACAGAAGAUUGACUACGCUUCUCUGAGAGGAAUCUCAGUGAGCUCUUUAAGUGAUGGGAUAUUGGUUCUCCAUGUACCCUGUGAGGACAACAAACAGAAGAGUGAUGCUGUGCUACACUGCAGCCAUGUGAUUGAGCUGGUGACCAAAAUAAGCAUGUUGGCAAGAAAGACAAACUGUGUGGAUGUCAGGCCAGGCAGCAUUCGGUUUGCUGUUGCCAGAAACAAGGAAGGGAUUAUUGAUUUUGUCAGAGGCUCAGAGCUCAAGGUGGGCAAAGGCAAGAGAGGACAUCUGCUGGUGGCUGCACCACGGAUCGCCACCACAUGAAGAAACCAGAAACUACAACCGGAUCAACUAAUCCAAGUUGCACAGAAGCUGCUUACUUAGUUUGCAGCUGCAGGAUAACAACACAGAUUAUGAAGCAACAAUGGAUUCAUACCUUCAAGCUUACCCGCACAGUAUCACUUGAAUAUAUUGAAUGUCAAAACAAUCAUAACCCAGAGUCUUCACUGUUUGUAAAUGCUUAACAUUUAUUAACAUUCAAAAAACAACAAAAUUUCUGUAUGAAACACAAAAUAUCUGUAAAACUGCAUGACUUUCUGCAAAAGAACUGAAACAAAAAAACACAGCAAUAAAUAAUAUUCAAAUAAAUAUUUCAAUAAAUAGUAAAUACAUCUUUGGAAAACCC